UUAGCUUUAUUUGAAAACAUUUUUUAUUUUUUAUUUUUUUGGUUGGGUUCAAAUUGACCAGGAACAAUCUGAAGAUGCAGUUACAAGUUCUUAUGAUAGGGAUGGUGCAUCAAGGAAAGUGGAAAAGAAAGGGACUGUCACACUAACAGACUCAUUUGAGAAUUUCUGCCUCCUUUUUAGACUGUUGAGGUUCUUGAUCCGCAGGUUGGUUUUGAAAGCAUUUUUCAGUUAUCAAAGUGAUCUGUAAGUCAUUUAUGUUGGAGCACUGACUUGACUCUGCAUGUGAUCCUGUGUUUUUUUUUUUUUUUUUUUUGGAUUCAGGGAAUAACUGAAAAAUGCUAUUGGUUAAUUGGUUGUUAUUCAAUUGUCCAAUCAGUUAGGCUUAGUCAAGGCUAGUUAUUUACUGUUUUUAGGUUUAAUCAAGGCUAAUCAAGUCGGUUUCUGUCAGGCUAAGGUUCAGCUGGAAAAGCACUGAACAAUUAUCUUUUGCAAUUUCAAUUUCACAAAAAAUGUAUUUAUUCGAACUCUCUCUCUCUCUCUUUUUCUCAUUCUUCUAGCUUUCUCUUGUUUCUAUACUUCUGUUUUUGCAAUCCAAAGGUGAGAUGUUAUGGCAAUUUUGUGAGAAAAACAAGAUACUAUGCACUAUAUGGAUCAAGAUAUAUAAAACAGCUUUAGAUUUGAGCAUUUGUAGGUUUUAGUCCCACUUUACGUACAGUUGAGGUACAUACAGGUGAAUUCGAUCUUCGUCCUCGGUUUCUUUUUGUUUUGGGCCUAUAUUUUUCAGGAAAGUUUCGUCGUCAGGGAAUUCGUCGGAGCUGAAGGAGUUGGCAAUGAAGUUUUCUCGUGAAUGUCGGGGUUAAGGGAAAGAAGAGGAUGCUAUGGGAGCUGGUUGUGGUUGUGGUGGUGGUGGUGGGAAUGGGGUUUGGAGGUAGUAGGGUUUAGGGUUUUAGGGAAGGAGAAGAAGAAGAUUUGGUGAGAAGUGGUUUGGAGAAUUUGCAUUGCUUGUGAAAACAGACAAAGCGCAGUGUGUGAGAGAGUGAAAUACAGGGGGCUUUAUGCUUUUGAAUUUGUCACGGAGACAAUGGAUUAAAGUUAAGCUGGGUUAAAGGACAGGCCGUAUAUAUUUUUGUUUCUUUGAUAAUUUGAGUGAAUUUUAUUUUCUUCGUCUCCAAGCAAACAUUUUUCAACUUUUUUCCUUUUUUUUUUUUUUUUUUUUUUUUUUUUUUUUUUUUUUUGGUAUUGGGUUUUGUAUCUUCUUCAAUCCUCAAAUAGACAACACCCAGAAACCAGAAGCUACAAUGGAGAUGAUGAUGGACCUAGCAAAAUUUGAGCUUCAUCAACAACAACACUUAUCUCACUCCAUUUUAAGAGCAGGAGGAGAUAACCACCCAACACUCAUCCCACACAAGAAGAAGGAGAAGAAGAAGCUUCUUCUGAGCACAAAUGCAAAGUUGGUGGCUGAUUUUCCUUCACUUUCCAACUCUCAGUUUUCCAUUUCACGGCGACAGACUAGGAAGAGCCGUGUACCUACUAUUUGGGUGGUUCCUGAAAGUAAAGAGGAUAUUGUGGAAUUCCAAAACGGUGAUGCUCUUUUGGAAAUAGCAGGUGAAAUAUAUUUGGUGAAGGAAGCUGGAGUUGGUAAAGAGAAAGAUUCCUCAACCAUAAUGUAUGAAAAAUCUGAAGAUAUGGUGGUUACAAAUGCUUAUGAUUUGGUUGGUGCAUUAAAGAAAGUGAAAAUGGAGGUGACUAGAAUGAUCAAUCUGACAAGCUCAUAUGGGAAUUUCUUGUUAUUUAUUCAUAAACUGUUGAGGUUCAGGCCCAUCAGGUUGGUUUUGAAAGCAUUGUCAGGUAUAUCGCUAUGCUUUGGGUAUUUGGUUGGAGGCAGAAGUUCAAGACAUUCGCAUUUGGUUGGUGGAAGAAGUACAUGACAGUUGCAUUUGGUUGGUUGAAGAAGUUCAUGACAUUUGCAUUUGUUUGGUGGAAGAAGUUAAUGGCAAUUGCAGAAGGAUUGCUUUUGGCUGUCAAAAAAUUUCUUAGCUUAGGCGCUAGAUAGAAGCUUUAAGGCUCCAGAUCCAGCUUAUUGCUAAUAUGCUAUAGUUAAUAAGUUGUUAUAGGAUAGUUGUUUAUUAUUGUUACCAAGUGGUUUAAGGUUCAGCUUGUAUGCAGAGGCUUUGUAAAAGCACAGUUAUCUUUUACAAUUUCAAUUUCACAAAUGUACUUCUUGGGUGAGAAAAACGAGAUAUAUGCACUAUAUAGAUCAAGAUAAUUACACUAUAUAGAUCAAGAUAAAACUCUUUUGCUAAUCUCCGAUUUUCUUCAUGAAAUGCAGUGAAGAUUUCAGUUUGAGUAUUUGUAGGUUUUAGUCCCACUUUUUGUACACUUUAGGUAAAUACUGGUCUAUGAUGCUGCAGGUUGAUAUUCCUUCUUGCUUUCACUUGGUUCUUGAGAACUGUGAGCUUCCAUUAUUCAGUUAUGGCGGAUUUUUUACCCAUAACUGUUUUAUCCAAUAAGUAGCGCUGAAAUUGCUGUCUGUUUCAUGUCCAUGGCCAGAAGGUACCUUCCAUUUCUAAUGGUGAAAUGGCCCACUGUUUGAAGACAAAAUUGGC